GAUUGUGGAGAAGUCUGUGUUCUGACUUUCUCGCAGUAGGCCAGUGGCUGACGUCUUUCAUUUGUGGCAGCGUGUAAUCGCUAAUUUUUGGAAAAAAUGCGGUGAAAUUCAAUGUUGACUGACGUGCCUUCGCGGAAUCGGCCAUUUUGGUAGUGCGUAUUCCACGCGAAAACGGAUAGGAUCAUUUUGGCAACUACCCUCGACGGUUGUGCGAGGAAGUGGUGGCAGCUCGGUGUCGCCCACAGGACACAGGACAGUGGAAGUGGAACUGAAAACGAUCGUGUUCUUGGGUCAGUGAGCCAACAGCCUCGACAAAAUGGCAGGAAAUACGGGUAUGGAACAGUUGAUCCCCAUCGUGAAUAAGCUGCAGGAUGCGUUCACACAACUUGGGGUGCACAUGCAACUCGAUCUACCACAGAUCGCAGUGGUAGGUGGCCAGAGCGCUGGAAAAAGUUCCGUUCUGGAAAACUUUGUCGGAAAGGAUUUCUUACCCAGAGGAUCAGGAAUCGUAACCAGAAGACCUCUUAUCUUACAAUUGAUUAAUAGUACUACUGAAUUUGCAGAAUUUUUACAUUGUAAGGGUAAAAAGUUUGUGGAUUUUGAUGAUGUACGGAAGGAAAUUGAAUCAGAAACAGACAGGGUUACAGGCAGUAACAAGGGUAUUUCCAAUAUACCCAUUAAUUUAAGAGUAUAUUCACCAAAUGUUCUAAACUUGACACUGAUUGACUUACCUGGUCUCACAAAAGUACCAAUUGGGGAUCAACCAAUAGAUAUUGAAGCUCAAAUUAAAGCUAUGAUUUUCCAAUUUAUCAAAAGAGAAAAUUGUCUUAUAUUGGCAGUAACUCCAGCAAACACUGAUUUGGCAAAUAGUGAUGCUCUUAAACUUGCUAAAGAAGUAGAUCCUGAAGGUGUACGUACAAUUGGUGUUAUUACAAAGUUGGAUCUUAUGGAUGAUGGUACCGAUGCAAGGGAUAUUUUGGAAAACAAAUUACUUCCUUUACGGCGAGGUUACAUAGGUGUUGUUAAUAGAAGUCAGAAAGAUAUUGAAGGUAGAAAAGAUAUCAAAAAUGCUUUAGCAGCGGAACGCAAGUUUUUCCUAAGCCACCCAUCUUACCGACAUCUAGCAGAUAGAUUAGGAACACCGUACUUGCAGAGAGUUUUGAAUCAACAAUUGACAAAUCAUAUCAGAGACACUUUGCCAGCAUUAAGAGAUAGGUUGCAAAAGCAAUUGCUUACAUUGGAAAAGGAUGUAGAGCAAUAUAAACAAUUUAGACCUGAUGAUCCUGCUAUAAAGACAAAAGCUAUGUUGCAGAUGAUACAGCAGCUUCAAUCAGAUUUCGAAAGGACUAUAGAAGGUUCCGGAUCUGCACAAAUCAAUACAAAUGAACUUAGCGGCGGUGCUAAAAUUAAUAGAUUAUUCCACGAACGUUUUCCUUUUGAAAUAGUUAAAAUGGAAUUUGACGAAAAAGAAUUGAGAAGAGAAAUAGCUUUUGCCAUUAGAAACAUUCAUGGUAUCAGGGUAGGACUAUUUACUCCUGACAUGGCUUUUGAGGCAAUAGUCAAGAAACAAAUUAAUAGACUCAAAGAACCUAGUCUAAAAUGUGUAGACUUAGUUGUACAGGAACUCAGCAAUGUUGUACGCAUUUGUACGGAUAGGAUGGCACGUUAUCCUAGAUUGAGGGAAGAAACAGAACGUAUCAUUACAACUCAUGUUAGACAGCGUGAGCAGUUGUGCAAGGAGCAGUUGGUACUGUUGGUUGAUUGUGAACUGGCAUACAUGAAUACAAACCAUGAAGAUUUUAUCGGUUUCGCCAACGCGGCAGCCAGUAGCCAUAAUGCAAGUGCGCAACAGUCAUCAGAAAAUGCUGUUAAGUCUGGACGCCAUACAUUAGGCAAUCAAGUAAUACGCAAAGGAUAUAUGUGCAUUCACAAUUUUGGUAUAAUGAAAGGUGGUUCCAGAGAUUAUUGGUUUGUCUUAACAUCAGAGAGUAUUUCUUGGUUCAAAGAUGAAGAAGAACGCGAAAAGAAGUAUAUGCUGCCUUUAGAUGGAUUAAAAUUGCGUGACUUGGAACAGGGAUUCAUGUCUAGACGCCACUUGUUUGCUUUGUUUAAUCCAGAAGGCAGAAAUGUUUAUAAGGAUUACAAACAACUUGAAUUGAGUUGUGAGACACAGGAUGAUGUUGACUCUUGGAAGGCCUCUUUCCUCAGAGCCGGUGUAUAUCCUGAAAAGUCAACGGAGCAAACAAAUGGAGAAGGAGAGGAAGGAUACGAGGCUGGACAAGAAGCUCAAUCAUCCAUGGAUCCUCAAUUGGAGCGUCAAGUCGAGACCAUUAGGAAUUUAGUGGACUCAUACAUGAAGAUUGUUACAAAAACUACCCGCGAUCUGGUUCCGAAGUCAAUUAUGCAUUUGAUCAUCAACAAUGCAAAGGAUUUCAUUAACGGAGAGUUGUUGGCACACCUGUAUGCAAGCGGUGAUCAGGCUUCGAUGAUGGAAGAGUCUCCAGAAGAAGCACAAAAGCGGGAAGAAAUGUUGCGUAUGUACCACGCAUGCAAAGAGGCACUUCGCAUAAUUGGGGAUGUUUCCAUGGCAACAGUUUCCACGCCAGUACCACCUCCGGUGAAAAACGACUGGUUGGUGUCCGGCGAAAAUCCAAGUCUUGGGUUAUCACCACCAUCUCCUGGUGGACCAAGACGUGGAGUGACACAGCCACCACCUCUUUCUAGUUCUCGAGCACCACCGCCGGUUCCAACAGGUGGUCGGCCAGCACCGGCUAUCCCUAACCGACCUGGACCCGGUGGACCACCACCGGCCCGUGGUACACCUGGCCUACCGCCUCCACUAAUACCAUCUCGUGGGGGUGGUCUACAGCAGAGGAUUACGCAAGCUGCGACGCAGGCUGCGACGCAGGCCGCUGUGAACGAGCUGAUGGACGCAUUCAAGAUCAAGCGUCCCGUACCCAAUAUUCCUCCCCGAAUCCCCGACAGACCGUACUACGGCCGAUUAAACUGAGCUAGUCCAUGGAAAGCGCACGACACCUGUGCACAUCCACGCCCGAGAGUGUUUUCGAAGGGGAAUUCGUUGUGAAACGAGCCGAUGACCGGGACCGAGGAACAGUCUCAGAAGUGAAAACAGGAAGACAUCGCCAGACGCCACUCUGGGGGUGGUAAAAGUGUCCUGUAUUCCGGGUGAGAAUUCUCUCCAGGACCAGGAUACGCGUCCAUUCGGAUCCGUGUCCUCUCUGAAACGCCCGAAAAACCGUCGCCGUGAAAAAUCCUCUUCGUUUAGCGGUACGAGGAAGGAUCCGAAGAACGAGGGACAGACGAUCCAUGGAGUAGGAGGAACAAGGCUGUGCCAGAAAACACAAAACGGAAGAGAAAGAGGGAUCAAGAAAUGAAGCGGACAAUGGCCAAGCAACAGAGUACGAGAGUGAUGACGAUGGCCUCCUCUAUGUCUCUAUUGCUCGAUGAUGACAGCAGCCUGAAAUCGAAUCGAUCACUUCUAACUUCUUCUUUCUCUGACAUUUCGUCUUCUAUGUUAUUUAUAGAUAUCUAUAUAUAUAUAUAUUAUAUCGUUAGACGCGUUUAAUUUACCGUGUAGCUGCUAAGUAUUAAAUGUUGGACGCGCUCGAUGCGCUACGGGGAGGAACGGGGAUUGUAUGCUUAGCUCGUGUUCGGUGGACAAGAUGGGUUUCCCGACAGGAAGCGUGGGCUACUGAUUCUUUUCUUAGCUGAACUUCCGUUUCGUUUAGGGCUAUCAGUAUUAUAGGUAAGGACGACGCGGGAAUCGACGGUGGUUCCGAUCCGAAGGAAGUUAGGCUUUGGAAGUUGUUUUUCGUUGCUGAUCAGAAAUGUCAUCCGUGAAGUUGUUUUUUUGUUUCUUUUUUUUGGGGA